CACCAUGUACUUUUAGAUAAAUUGCUGAAUUCCGGUUUACAAUUUUCUGAUUUUUACUAAAAUAAGGACAAGAUUCUACGAUUGGGAUACUUUCAAAAAUUAACCUAGCUUUAUUACAUUUUAAACAAGUUUCAAUUCUUUGUGUUUAUUGAUUCCUUAUCGAUAGCUACAACUUUAUACAUGGGGGUCUUUUUGGAAUAGCUGAGGCACGCGCUAUCGAUGAUCUAUGGACAGUGAGAAGGAAUCAGCCUUACGAUGAGCUUCCGAAGCUUACAUAGCUUCCAUGGAGCUUCUUGCAUAUAUGCAAAAGCCUCAUUGCGACAUCCACCAAGGUGGCAACCGGGAAUUGGCCUCCGGGUCUUCACAAGCACCAAUCGACGGUUGAGAGAUACCCCAAAAGGCAAAACACUCCAGAGUCAAUCCUUGGGAACCCCCAGAGCAGCGGAUGAUUUACCUGGCACGUCGCCUGAAACGGUGAAAAAUGCCCCUCCUACCAUAGCGGCAACGACAAGAAAGGAUCCGUUGGCCCUCGAUGACAAAACAAAUAAGGAGCAGAGGAAGGCGGAUUGGGCGAUCAUAAAAGAGAUGUCACAGUAUUUGUGGCCUAAAGACAACAUGGGAACAAGACUUCGGGUUGGAUUAUCUCUGGGUUUGCUAGUUGGCGCCAAAGUAUUGAAUGUGCAAGUACCUUUUUACUUCAAAAGCAUUGUCGAUGCUAUGAAUGUCGAUUUUGCUGCCCUUGGAGGCACAGCUACAACCGUCGCUGGGUCGAUGAUAUUAGCUUAUGGCCUUACUAGAGUUGGAGCUACUCUAUUUCAAGAAGUCCGGAAUGCAGUCUUCGCCAGCGUUGCACAAAAGGCUAUAAGAAAAGUGGCUUGCAAUGUUUUUGAUCAUCUAUUGAGACUUGACCUCAAUUUUCAUCUCUCGAAACAAACGGGUGGGCUUACCAGAGCCAUUGAUCGGGGUACAAAAGGAAUAAGUUUCCUGCUCACGUCUAUGGUUUUUCAUGUUUUCCCAACAGUAUUGGAGAUAUCCAUGGUAUGUGGUAUCUUGACCUAUCAAUAUGGUGCCAAAUUCGCCGCUAUCACGGCUCUUACCAUGGUAGGUUAUACAGCAUUUACCAUUUCAACCACUGCUUGGAGAACAAAAUUCCGAAGAGCAGCCAAUGCUGCAGAUAAUAAAGGUUCAACAGUUGCUGUAGACUCUUUGAUCAACUAUGAGGCUGUCAAAUACUUCAAUAAUGAGAAGUACGAAGUUGGUAGGUAUGACCAGGCGCUCAAAGCUUACGAGAAAUCAUCAAUCAAGAUCGCAACAUCUUUGGCAUUCCUCAACAGUGGACAAAAUUUGAUCUUCUCUAGUGCAUUAACUGCCAUGAUGUACCUAGCUGCAGACGGAGUAGCCACAGGAAACCUGACUGUUGGUGAUCUUGUUAUGGUCAAUCAAUUGGUCUUUCAGCUCUCGGUUCCGUUGAAUUUUUUGGGCUCAGUCUACCGAGAACUUCGACAAUCCUUAUUGGAUAUGGAGACACUUUUCAACCUGCAAAAGGUUAAUGUCGCUAUCACGGAACCUCCGAACGCGAAGCCCUUGCAGCUCACUAAAGGUGGCGAGAUCACAUUUGAGAAUGUAACGUUUGGUUAUCAUCCGGAUCGUCCAAUUCUGAAAAAUCUCAGCAUGACUAUACCAGCCGGCAAGAAAAUUGCCAUUGUUGGACCUAGUGGCUGCGGAAAGUCAACAGUCCUGCGACUCCUGUUUCGUUUCUAUGACGUCCAGGAGGGAAGGAUUCUCAUCGAUGGCCAAGAUAUCCGCAACGUGAGUUUGGAGUCAUUGAGAAAAUCCAUCGGCGUUGUUCCUCAAGACACCCCACUUUUCAAUGAUUCGAUUCAACACAAUAUCAGAUAUGGUAAUUUGGAGGCAUCUGACGAGAAGGUCAAGGAGGCAGCACAACGUGCGAAGAUACACAGCAUCAUUACCUCUUUUCCCAAUGGGUAUAACACCAUGGUUGGUGAGCGGGGAAUGAUGAUUUCUGGGGGAGAAAAGCAAAGAUUAGCAGUAUCAAGACUUAUCUUGAAAGAUCCUCCCCUGUUAUUCUUUGACGAAGCGACAUCUGCAUUGGAUACACAUACGGAACAGGCACUCAUGCAAAACAUCAACAGCAUAUUGAAAGAAAAAUCAAGGACUAGUGUUUUCGUUGCUCAUAGGCUCCGAACAAUCUAUGAUAGCGAUAAAAUUAUAGUCCUCAAGGAGGGGUCGGUGGCUGAAAGUGGUACGCAUAGAGAGUUAGUUGACACUGGUGGGGUCUAUUCCGACCUCUGGAGUGGUAAGCAUUUUUUUUCAUUCCUAUUAUUGUGUAUUACGUCUCACCUCCAUUACAGCACAGGAAACUCUUUUUGCCGAAACGGAGCAAGGCAAAGAACGGGAAAUCAAUAUUCCCGACAUCUCCAAGGAAGAAAAUAGAUAAAUUUUUGAUCGAUCAGGAAUUGUUACUUCGAAUGAGCCAGAUGCAUAGCUGCUGCAGGGAAUCUCCCUUUCACAUUGAGCCUACGCAGAAGUGGGACUAGACUCCUCGCUCGUCUGGUUCAAAGGCCGUAACGGAGAGCGCAUGAUUUUCACACCUCAACUCUAUCAAGCAUCAAACCUCUCGAUUGAACGUCUGGCUUAAAGUAAACUGAUUACUUGUUUCAUGGUUCAAAUAAAACAUUCAUGAAAUUAUUUUUGUAUAAACAAAGUGUUUGGAGCCUGGAUAGCAUAAAACUGAUAUAUAAGCAUCCACUUGAGUAUCACUCGGGAAGACGGGUUCUAUCUAACCCAAGGAAAAGAGGCUAACGAGUAAAGAGGUCGGCUGGGGAACUGAAGACGAGAGUCAUUUUAUUAUUAUUACUAUGUCCUUAGUCAGUAUGAUGAGUAUGAUUAGUUGAAUCUUCUCCCGAAAGGAAAUUUGAUUUGAUAGCGCUUUGAUCAUCUACUUUCGUAGAGAUGGGUCCAGAUUGCGUCUUCCAUGCUCUUCUGCUUUGCUUCAGACUCAGUUCUUCGCAGGGAAACAUAUCCGGGGCUGCUUGAAAUUCCGUACUUACCUAGUAUUAAUGUAGAA